GUCGGACCAGCCAGGGCCGUUCAGUCUGCGGGCUGGCUUCCUCACCAGGAGGCAGGCGGCUCCGAAUUUGCCCUAAUCGCCGUCGCGCGCUCCAGGGAGAACGGUUCUCGAGACGCGGAUCGGUCCGGCAGGGGUGGCCACCCCCGGAGACCGCCGCCGAUAGGCCUCCAAGCUCGCGGGACGCGCGAUUUGAAAAAUGCCCAGGGAUAGUCUGUGUACGAUGAAAGCGGUGCGACAGCCGGUGAUUCGAAGGUGGUAGGCAUUGCUCGGUCCCGUUGUACCUGAAGAGCUCGGGGACAGUUCUCGGCAAGAUGUUCUGGUCCGAGCCCGACGAGGAGGAAGAGGCGCUGUUAUGCAGCCCUGCCCUCAUGGCCAGGAGGGCCUCGGAGUCCUGGAUCGUCGCGCCUCCCGUGGAGGCGAUGCCGGCGGCGGCAGCGGCGGUCUCCCUUCAACGAAAGAAGUCACUGCCGGAUGUGGCGCAGCCCAUUCAGCUGACUGCCACGGCGCCGCUCUCCAGGGAGGAAGUCAGUAUCCUGAGCAGCAUGAGGAGGGAGGAAAUCCGCAGGCAAAUCGACGAGAGCGAGAGGCUCAGAGCCAACCCUCUCCUCUACUUGGUCAGUCCUCAGGUUAAAGACUGGUUCUCCCGGCAGAAGCUGGUGAUGCUGGUGCUGUUCAUCAACAUAUCCCUCGCCCUGAUGUUCUUCAAGCUGCUGACGUAGCAGCCAGCCGACGAUCGGAUUCACGGACUCGUGGUGGACGUGACCUGAGGCUCGGGGGCGUCGCGACGCCCCGAGUUGUCACCGGAAACCCAAGAAGAAGCAUCGACGAGCACGGGGGCAGGUGCGCGCCCCCGACGCAGACCACCGACAACAUUGUUGCGAACUGCUAGAGAUCAAACGAACUCGGUUCUACGAACGGAGCGAACGUUCUGCAGGACUCGGAGGAGCAGCGUUGGAAGACAGGACAUGCAUCGGACGACGCACAGGAUGAUGAAGAAGAAGAAGAAGAGGAGGGAUCAUCGGCCGAGGACGACGGAAUUCGCGUCGAAAUGGACGACACGAUCAAAACACGGUCGAGGAAAACGAAUCACGAAGUACAAGCCGGGGAAGGACUUCCGGUGAGACCAGGACUCUCGCUGGCUGAAGAGAGAGAGAGAGAGAGAGAGAGAGAGCUGAUCAGUUUUCUUGGACGAGGCACCGACGACGAUUUACGUGCCUCGUCACCGGCUGUACCAUACAUAUUUUUACACCGAGUAUUUUAAUAUAAUCAUAUUUGUAAGGGCUCCGGACGGACCACAAUUGAGUCCCCCGUGCCCUGAACACGGUGCGCACAGACACGAAUCUCUCUUACACUUUUCCUUUUCGGUUCUCUUCCUCGACGACCGGGUUGGGCCCUCUUUUCCAAGCGGAACCCUCGGGCCUCGAAUCGGA